AGUAGUAGUGUUGCCAAACACACACUGCUAUUAUUAAAUACUACUAUCAUAUUGAAAGUACAGUCUAUUGCCGCCGCUUCGGUGGGUGAAAGUGAUUGACCCGAACCUAAUACGCACUGCUGUCCGCCGCCGCCACCAAUGAGGAUGAGCUCGUCAUCGGCUAUGAGAGCACCGACGGCAGCGGCGUCGGCGUCAUCGCCGCCGUCGUCGUCGGACGUUGAAAAUGGCUACACAUUUCGUAUGGGUGACCACGAGAUUACAAUGCGCGACAGUUUUGCAUCGAUGUUGGACACCACUCAACUUACCGAUUGUCUACUUGUUUGCCAUCCGAAAGGAUCGGCCAAUGAUGAGACCGUCGAUACUGACAAUGAUAGUACUUAUCAUAACAGCAAUGGCAACGGCGGUCGACUUACUAACGGCCACACAAAGUCUAGUAACGGUACCGCCGCUGCUGUCGGCGGCUUUGAUGAAAGUAUAAACGAAGGAGUGGCCACACAUCGUGUCAUACUAUCGGCUUCGUCCGACUAUUUUCGGGCAAUUUUUGCUAAAGUACCGAACAAUACGUUAGGCGUAGUGGCCGUUGUCCUCAGCGAUGUCGACUACGAAGAUAUGCUAUCAAUUGUCGACUUCGUCUAUAAAGGACAGGUAUCGGUCAGUCAGUCACGUAUUCAUCGAUUUCUGGCAUCGGCUCAACAGUUGAUGAUCAAAGGUUUGAUGAACAUUAAGCUGGUGUCCAAUGAUGAUCAUCAGCCGAUCGAUGGCCACUCGGAUGUUAUCGAACAGUUGAAGAAUGAAAAACGGUUUCUCGAGAACGAAAUCCGAGCCAUCCGUCAGUCGGAACGGUUGAAAGCGGAACAAAUUAGACGUGAAAUUGAGUCGGAGAUGAAAAAGAAGUUGGAAAUCGAGAAGACUGUUCUGAACGAAGAGAAGCAAAGGUUUGAGGCCGAAAGGAUGAAGUUUACCAUUGAAAAGGAACACUUCGAUAAAAAUAAGAUUAAGUGUCUCAAUAGUUCUGCCGCCGCUCCCAACAGUUCCAGUAGCACAACAACAAACAACCACAUUAUCACAUUCAGCAACAGUAGUGGUAAUACAGUUAUCGAAGAGUCGUCGCCAUCGUCCAGAGUUAUAAAUGGUAGUUCAAGACAAUCGAGUCAACAAAGUGUCUCAUCUAUGGAACAACAUCAACGAGUAAUCACAUCAACUGGUCUUAGCCCAAGUGGUGGGGAAACGAUGUCGAUGUCACCGGAAAACGAGGGCCGGCAACUGAGAAAACGGAUCCGUUUGGAUGCUGAUAAUGAUGGACAACACGACAGCGUUAUUAAGAGUCGGCCGAUUGCCGAUACAUCAGUACAGAUGGAUGUCGACGAUGUGGUGUCUAUUCAAGCGAAUAACGACGACGAAGAAGACGACGGAGAGAUAUAUGAAGUGGACUUUAGUCAGCAAUUUGAAGAGCAAACUACUGGUUUGCAGCGUAAUAGCGGCGAUAUGGACGCCAACGCCGCCGCCACCACCACCACCAACAAUACCAGCACUAGCGCACAGUCUGCUAUCGUUGCCUCUACAUUGGCUUAUCACAAGAUGUCCUCGACGUCGCCUCACAGCACUCGUUCGCUGAGACGGUCGACAUCGAGUGUUGGCGGCGAAAGUAACUCUGAAGGCGGAGAUGUGAUAACAACUGUACGUCGCAAAGGACCGGGACGUACGCCCAACUGGGCUAAGGAGGAGAUGAUGGACAAUCGCGACGCCCGUAACCGUACAUUGAAUACGAUGACAACGACCGCGCGCUCACCUGAUGAUGUCGCCGCCGUACCGCUGGUUGAUCCCAACAGUAAUCUAUAUAAGUGUCCGUACUGUCCGCAAGUAUAUCACGCAAAUCAAUCAAUGCAGGACCACAUCAACGGUAUACAUCUGAACUCGAAGACCUCCUAUAAGUGCGAUUUCUGCGACAAAACCUAUACGUGGAGGAUAUCAUUAAACAAACAUAUGAAGACAUGCCAUCCAAAUGAACCAAUUUAUGAUUGAUUGGUUGACAUCAUCGGAGGACAGGUGUGUGUAUGUGUUGUUUCAUCAUUACACUAACCAACUCAUUAACCGUACGGUACUUCUACUACUACCACCACUACUACUAUUACUCUACUAAUCAUCACUAUCUAAUCGGAUCUCUCAUAAAACAAUUAUUAUAUAUUAUA